AUGCCCUCCACUAUUGGUGACACUCAGAUUGCUUUCAUAGAGAGAAGGAACAUCGUAGAUGGGGUGUUUAUUACCAAUGAAGUAGUCGAUGGUUGGAAGAAGGCUAAGCAACAAGGGUUAAUUAUCAAGCUGAAUUUUGAGAAAGCUUUCGAUUCAGUAAACUGGGAGUUCUUGUUCUCUUUGAUGUCCAACUUUGGAUUUUGGCUAAAUGGAGCACUAAAUCUUGGCAUCCUUCAUGGUUUUUCAAUUGGGGUUAAUGAGGUUCUUUUAUCUCACCUUCAAUUUGCUGAUAAGUCAAUCCUUUUCUGUGAGGCUGACAUGGAUGAGGUGGUGAUUGUCAAAAGACUCCUUCGAUGCUUUGAAGUUCUUUCUGGGUUCAGAAUCAAUUAUCACAAGAGCGUUGUAUGUGGUAUAGGUGUGAAUGAUGUGUUUCUACAUGCCUUUGCAAAGCUUUUGAACUGUAAGGUGCAAAGCUUGCCACUGAAAUUUUUGGGGCUGCCUUUAGGAGCCAACCCAGGGAGGUUAACCUUGAUCAAGUCUGUUCUCUCGAGUCUCCCUGUGUACUAUCUUUCUCUCUUCAAGAUGCCUAAAGGUGUGGCUCAUGAAAUUGAAAAGAUUGAGGCUGCUUUCUUGUGGGGUGGGGUUCAUAGUUUGAAUACGUUUCAUUUCUUCUUGGAAAACUGCCAAAUCAAGGUUGGGGACAGUAAUCUUAUUAGAUUUUGGCAUGAUAAGUGGUGUGGAUCUGCAUAUCUCAAGGAUGAGUUCCUUUCUCUCUUCAACCUGUCUGCUGAUAAGAAUGGAUCUCUUCAACAAUUUUAUGCUAGGAAAACCAACACUAUAGUCUGGAACUUUCCCUAUAGAAGAGUCCUGUAUGCUUGGGAAGUGGCCGCUGAAGCUAGGUUGAUUAUAACGUUAUCCUCUGCUCCCCACUUGAGCCUUAACAAUGCUGACAGUUUGGUGUGGUCCUCUACAGCCUCAGGUUCUAGUGUUUUCUUCGUGUCUUCUUUAUAUUCUCUUUGCAAUUCUCUCAUUGGGCCUCAUCUCAUCAUUAGCAACAAUGUUUCUCCCUUAUGUCCUUUCUGCAAAAUGGCUCCUGAAUCUGCUUCUCAUGUUUUGUCUCAUUGCCAUUUCUCUUGGACCAUUUGGUUAUCUGUUUUAUAUGACUGGGGGCUUUGUUGGUGUAUCUCACAAUCUGUGACAACCCUGUUCGAUUGGUGGAAGGGUGGCAAAUUUAAGCGCCCACUCAAGAAAUUUUGGGGAGCAAUUCCACUAGUAGUUCUCUAG